GGUGUCUUCAUUAAAAGAAGAGGAAAACUUUUAUAGGAACUCAAUUUUGACAGUUGACCACUCGAAAGAGGUUUUGCAGUGUUUUUUAGAACAACACCUGAAAAACAACAAUCAAACAUUUGAGGAAUUUCUGAAUCAGAACCAACAUGACAUCUAUCAUCUAUAUUAUGAUGCAAAAUGCUGUCAGUGUGGACCGGGACCUCUGCAAAGAAAGAAAAGAAUUUUAUUUGCGUCUCAAAUGGAACUUCUUUUUGAUAAAAACAGACAAUUAUCAGUUCAUAAAACAACAAGACGCAGUGACUUUUGUUGUUGUUAUGCGAAAAAUAGUGUCACUACAGCAGUAUUAGAUUUAACACUAGCACGAUGUCUUCUUAUAAAUUGUUGCAUUGACAUGUUUUGGUAUAGUUGUUUGGCAUUCAAAGGUGUGACGCUUGAACAGUUCUUAAACUCAAAUAGGCAUAUCCUGUACCAUCUAUGGAAAAGCAAUACCAAAUGUUGUAAGUGUCAACCUGACUUCAUUUUACCAUGCAAUGCUCCUCUAAUCAUGGAAAGCGAAUGGAAGAAAAUGUUCAAUUCCACAUUGCCGCCAUGCGAAAAUGACCGGAAAAGACCGGCAAUUGGAGCCAUGAGUAUCUGUUCAUUUACAGCUUCACAAUGUAUAACUGUUCAGCAAAUACAUUUUGAACUUCAAAAUAUAAUUAUCCAGUGCUCCUGCUCGACACGAAAAUCGGUAGAAAAAUUAGUUGAACUUAGAAAUUUAACAUUUGGUCAUGCGAAAAAAGCCAGUAUGUCAUGUACUGAAUUCAACACAUUUAUGAGCGAAGCUGAAGAUGCCAUACUUGACAUAGCGACUGUUUGUGGCAAAGAAGAUUAUUACAGACAGAUGCUUCUAGAUCUUCGUGAUAAGCCAUUAGAUAGCAGGAUGUUUUGUCAAUAUGAGAAGGUUCUUUUACGAACGAUUAGCAACUAUGAGGAUAUCAUAAAAGAUAACGAGGUGCUAAAGGACGGAAUUGAUUCACUGGAAGAAAAAAUAGAAAAGUUGGAUACAUCACAAAGAGAAGGAUCAAAGAGACAAAGGCUCAUCGAUGAAACAAUAGCAGAAAUUGAUAACCAUAGAAAAGACCAGACAUAUACAGAAAUACAGGCCGUUACAGCAUGUCUUCAGAUGCUCGAUAACAGUAAAGUACUGAUAUUAUCUGGUAGAGAGGGAAGUGGUAAAAGUAGAAAUAGCUUAGAGAUAUUAAGACAAAUGAAAGAAAAAGAUCCAGAAAUUGACGUUAUCAAACUUAACAGACUCACUCAAUUCUCAGAUAUUAUAGAAAAAGAUGCAAACACAAUAGUUUUUUUUGAAGACGUUUUCGGUAGAACAAGAAAACAGUUUUGUGAUGAUACUGAUAUACCAAUUCUUGAUAGUUUACACUCUUACAUUAGUUUACGCAACGUUAGGGUAAUAUUUGUAAUGCGUAACAGUGUAAAACGUGAAUGUCAAAGUAUUUUGUCAUCACAUGAUAUUUUCUGUAAUAACACUGCUUGUCUUGAUCUAGAUUCUAAAGAAUUCGAACUGUCAUUAAUGGAGAAAGAAAGAAUUUUUAUUGACAACUGCAUGAACUGUACACACAAAGAGAUAGAUAUUACUUACAGAAAGAAAUUCUUUAAUUUUGAUGCCAAUGUCAAUAGCAUCAGUAUUGAGGAAAUAAAAGUGUCCAUGAUCGACAAACUGGAUGUGUCGUGUCAUUUUUCUGCAGACAAUAAGUGUAUAGUUUUCAACUCUCGGGAUGUAACAGAAAUGAUACGAAGCGAUCCUUAUCAUGGGUUUCCAAAAUGCUGUCGGCUUUUCACGGAGAACCGAAAAUUUACAUUAUUAGGAGCAGCUUUCUUUAAAUAUCCUUUAAAAAGUUUAUUACAAGAAAUUGAGAACAUGAGAAGGGAAGGUAUGGACAAUGUCAUUAAGGGAAUAAAAUAUGUCAUCUUGGUUUAUAUACUCUUAAAUCAAACUCGGGCAUCCAUUUCACUCGGCCUCAGUAUAAGGUUUGCAGUAAGACAAACAACCUGCUUUCAAGAGAAAAUGUUGUCAAUGGACGAAAACAGUAUUGAUAUUAAGGCCUUCCGAAAACUUGUCACGGAAUGUUAUGAAAGAAGUUCCGUUGUAAUGUUGCAUGACAUCAAAUAUUUCUGUAAAGAACUGACAUGUCGAUAUCUAUCAAGACAGGAAAAGGAACUAUAUUUUCAACAUCGAGCAAUUCAAGACAGUGUUCUCAUUUCCUAUUAUAAAAUAAACCCAAGAGCCAUCAUACCGCUGCUUAGUUUCGAUCAUAUGGUGGAUAUUGUCCGCCAGCAAAAUUCGAUGGAACAAGAAGAUGAAAUUGUUAUUAAAAUAGAAAAAACAUACUAUCAUGAACUUGCCACAAAAAUCAUAUCAUUCAUGAACAAUAAUUGCGCUUAUAAUAAAACGCUUACUAAUAGACUGAUAGAAUCAAAAAUAAUUACAGAGAACGAUGAAGAUCUGAUAUUCCAAUUAAUUGAUUGUAUACACAAAACACCAACACAGACACCAUCGUAUAACACAGAUUACACCGUUCAUUAUUUUCCACUACUUUUACUCAAAAAUAUAAGGAAACUCGAUGACAACAAGUUGACUGUUAAUCAUACACACAAUGAAAUGUUGAUAUCAGUUGUCAUCGGAGACCAGGAAAGUACCUUUUCUAUUGAUCCUUCAAAAUCGUUAAUCCGGGCGUUCGAUUCAAAAUAUGAAGACAUUGUCAAAUGGGUUUUACAAAACACCAACCAUUCCUUACUCAAUUUGAAUUCAAUAUUAGCUACAAUAGAUACUUAUAGCAUUCAAUUUGAACAUGUACAGGUGCUAUUACAAAAUGUAAAUCAUGAUAAUAUUGAUAUUGCAGAGAUCAUGGUUAAACUUAGCCAUCAAUAUUAUGACACAAAAUAUCAUGUCAUAGAUUGGAUAUUGGAUAAUGUCGAUCAUUCUUCAAUAAACUUUACCAGAUAUAUUGAAAACCUACUUGAUAAUAAUUGCUAUGAAUCGAUCUUCACCGACUUGAUUUUACAUAUACUAAGAAAUAUAAACCGAAAAUGGUUGGAUAUAUACAGAGUUGUAAAAAUGUGUUGUAAAAGAGGAUUCAUUGACAUCAUACAGUGGGUGUCUAAGAAUUAUGAUCAUGAAGUAUUUGAAAAUGACGAAUUAAUUGAUAUACUAAUCAGUUUAGAAUUUAUCCUUUUUGAGGACCAAAGUAUUAAUCAAAUAGUAUAUCUGCUGUUAUCGACAACUGGUGUAAAGUAUAGCGAUGUAAACAGGCUUGUUGCUGUUGCAGCUGGUGGUAGAUGGUAUGAAGUUUUAGAAUUAGUAUUUGUAGAUACUAUUGAGGGAGUAAUUGAUAUAAAUAAAGUUAUAGAAGAUGCAUUUAAAGAGUUAGAUUAUUAUGAUGACAGAGUUCACUGGAAGACAAUUGUGCAACUUAUAUUGAAACACUUAAAUCUCAAUGAUGUUUGUUUAAACAAAAUCAUGGCGAAAACAUGUGAAAUAGAUGAAAGCAAUUUGGUACAAUUCUUAUUAGAACAGUUUGACCAGAAACAAUAUAACUUGAACCUCAACAGACAUGUUGAUGUUGCAUUUAAUGGUAGAUGUUGUGCUGUUUUAGAAAUACUUUUUAAACAUGACAUCGACAAAUCAAUUGAAAUUGGUACAAUUAUAGAAUAUGCAUGUAAUCGUAUGGAUGAUGUUAAUUGGUAUCAUUCAAAAAUGGAGCAAAUUAUGCAACUUUCAAUAAAAUACUAUGUAGGAUAUAUUGAUGUACAAAAGAUAAUCGAGAAAGCAUGUGCGACUGGUUUCCACGAUGUUGUAAAGGACUUUGUAUUGGACACAGUUGAUAAUAUUCCGUUAUAUCUUGAUAUUACAUUAAAUUCACUAAUGACUCAACAGGUCCAUUAUAGUUCAAGAUUUGAGAAAAGCCAUGAAAAGAUACUUCUGUUACUUCUACAGAGUGUUAACGACAAGACCAUUGAUUUAACUCGUGUUAUGACAGAUAUGUGUAGUAUUGGACAUUCAUCAGCAGUUAAAUGGUUACUAGAAAAUAAACCUGUACAUUUUUUCGAUAUUAGAAAUGUAAUGGACAAAGCCUGCUAUCAUGGUGAUCUUGAACUUGUCUAUUAUCUUCUUCGAAAAUACAGUGCAGCAGAUUUUGAUUUUUUUACUGCAAUGAUAACGGCUUGUCGAAAGGCGCAAAAGAAAUCAUUAGAUGUUUGUAAAUGGGUAUGGGAAAACAUUGACCAUGACUUGCUGGAUAUAAAGGCAUCAUUAAAUAAUGCAAGUAGAUUUGGCAAUACCGUAGUUGUGGAAUGGAUCCUUACAGAUGUUGACAUAAUGUUAAUUGAUACAGAAGCUGCCUUGCUCUGUGCUUGCGAACACGGGAGCGAUCAUACAGUACAGCUGCUAAUGGAUAAAUCUGGUCUCAACACGUUUGAUUUUCAAUAUGCAUGUACUCUGGCGUGCAGGAAUGAUUACAAUGGUUAUACAAUUAUUAACAAACUAUUAUACAAAUGUGCAGAUAAAUCAACUAUUGACUUAAAUGCUGUAUUGUCAGUCGCAUGUAAAAACUACAGGACCGGUAUUGUACACUGGAUAAUUGAAACGUGUGAUCAAAGCAAAACUGUAAAUGAAACCAACGAUGGGAACAAGAAUUGUAAUAAAAGAUUUGACAAACAUUUGGUCGACAUUGACCGGGCAUUAACUUGUAUACUUCAUAUGAAUGCUCCAGUACAAAGAAAGGGACAUGAGAAUGCAACAAAAAAAGAACUUGUUUGGCUGAUUCUUAAACAAUGCGACCCUAAAGCAAUUUAUAUUUAUGAAUUGUUGGCAGAGUCAUGUAAAAAGGACUGGAUAGGAAUUUUUCAAUGGAUACUAAGAAAAGUGGACAAUUCUGGUCUUAAUGUUGGUGAAAUAAUAAAUGUAGCUUGCAAAAAUAGGGCAUUUAAAAUCGUAAAAUGGUCAUUAGAAAAUAUUGAUAUACAACUUUUAGAUGCUAAUAACGUGAUGAUUGGAUCAUGCGGCACUGGUUGGCUUGAAUGUUUGGUCUUAGUUCAGAAACACUGUAACCAAUACAAAUUGCAUGCAGCAAUGAUCGAAGCUUGUACCCACGGGCACCUUUGUAUUGCUAACUGGCUCCUAAACAACUGUAAUUAUCAGUGUUUUAAUCUUCAAUUACUUUUAAAGGAAACAGGUCGGAAUGGCUGGACACAUAUUUUCGUUUGGCUUGUAACAAAUUUUCAUUUUUACAUUUCUGACCUUCAGAUUGCUACAAAGGAAGCACUUGUAAAUGGAAAUCUGGAAAUUAUCAAAUUGAUGUUAUUAGUAGUUGGCAGAGAUGCCUUUGAUUUGUCUUCUCUUUCGAAUGAAGAAUUUGCCGAUUUAAAAAACGAAAAUGUUGUAAAUUUCGUUUUACGGCAUUUUGAUUCGCGGUGCUUAGAUUUAAAUACAAUAAUGGCAAAUGCAUGUAAAUUUGGUUGGAUAGACAUAGUAGCGUUUAUCAUAGACAACGAUUCAAACUGCCUUAGUGAUAGUGCACUUGAUUUGAUAGACAUAUCAUCAUUUAUUACUGGCAAACAUGUCAACUGUCUUUGCGAUUUUACAUCAGCAUUCAACACAGCUUGUGACAACGGAGAAGCAGAAAUCGUGCAGCUGUUGAUAGUAAAUGUCAACCAUAAGAUAUUUGCUGUGCAAAAGGCGAUGCUUUCUGUCUGUAUUAAAGGAUGGGACGAAAUAGCUGUAUUGUUAUUAGACAAAGUCAAACACACACGGCUAGAUAUCGGAAACGCUCUUAUUGAAGCUUGUCGCCAUGGAGAAAUAGAUGUUGCUCAGACAAUAUUGCGGAAGGUAGACACUACCAUGCUAGACGCCAAAACUGCUGUAAACAUAGCAUGUGAAAAUCAUAUGCAUGAAGAACUUGUUUUAUGGGUUUUAGAAAAUAUCCACCAAAAAGAAGUUGAUUUGAAAACUGUCAAAAUACAGGCAAUUCGAAAUAAAUGGAGGAAAGUUCAAUUUGCAUUGACUAAGGUAGUUACUAAAGAUCUUAAUCAAGUCGACAAAGAGAGUGCAACAGAUAGCAUCAUUUUUGUAUAAUGAUUUGGCUAAUUAUAAAAUGAAUCAAAUAAAUCGAACUUGACACAUAAGACCACUGAAAACGUGAUAAACCAUUUACCGACGCAAAGUUAUAGUAAGCCAAUUUUCGACAGAGUAAUCAUCAUUUAUUCUUAUCAGUAAAUGCCUUUCGCAAACGCAAUGAUGUAUUUCGAAACUUUAAAAUUUCUCAUUUUCGUUAAAUAUCUUUAAACAUUUUAUACAUCAUUUAUUUAUUUUUUUAUCUAUACUUAUGUAAUUAUUUAAUUUUUCAUUUAACUGUAUACAUUUUUUGUAUUUGUAUAUAUACAUUUUUUGUAUUUGUAUAUAUACAUUUUUUGUAUUUGUAUAUAUACAUUUUUUGUAUUUGUAUAUGUCAUCACUAUGGCUGAGUAUUGAAAUUCACUGCUAUUUAAUAGAUAUAAAAAAAAUAUUUAAAAAUGUGCGUCACAGAAUCUGUUUUGUUAGUAAAUACAUGUUAUAGGUAAACAGUAUUUAUUACAAGGGUAAUCCUAAUGGUAAAUGUAACUUAUUUAGUGAAAGAAAAUUGAGUUAAAUUAUGACAUUAUACAUCAAUGUGUCUUUUAAUCAACAUGCAAAAUCAGCAUGAUCAGUCAGCUUAUCCUAUGUAUUGUUAUUAGUGUCAACACGUGUUGAAAACACAUAAUUGUUUCUUAGCACAAAAUUAAAGUACACCAAAAAUCCUCAUCAGCUAAGCACGUAUUAUUAAUAUGAAACCGCAGCCUCUAGUUAGCUAGGGGUCGCAAUAAAUCGGCUCGAAAUGGGAUGCUUUUCCAAGGAAUCUACCCAGCGAACUAGCACAUUAAAAAACUCUGUCUCAGCAUGUCGUUUCCUAUACAAAGCUAAGUUUAAAGUCACAUAGACUAAUCUUUAUAUGUAUAUAAUAUCUGUCUCAUGACAUAUCCAUCCUGCAACUUUUGACAAAAGUACUUUAACAUACACGCACAAAUAAAACCCAAAUUUCAUGAAUUUGGAAAAAAAAAGAUUAACAUAUCUAUGCCAUAACUCCAUAAAAAUUGUGUGAAUAACAGUGUGUAACAGAUGCGGAUAAGAGGGCAGGAAUCUAUGGUAUCGGGGAGAAGGUGACCCCCUUUAUGAGACUACAUUUAUGGUUCAUGCAUAUACAUUAUACCUGUACAUCUCUAUAUACCGUUGUCUAGUUUGCCCCCUUCAAAAUCAUAGGAACGCAAAUGAUAUCAAAUGUUAUCAAAAAUUAAGGUUUAUAUGCUAUUAUCACCUUUUGUGGUUUGUUGUGAAUUUGAGCUAUUUUUGUAUAGUUUUUAAAAGUUUUUGAAUUGUAAUUAUACCUAUCUUUUUUAAAAUGAUUUUAUGUUAUUGUUAUUGUUUAUAAAAAUAUCGACAUACAUUUAUAUCUAUAAUUUGAAAUUUUUUUCCAAUGAAACGUUGUUGUCCCAUUUUUUAUGUGAUACAUUUGUUAUUCCUCGAAUUAAUAUUUAAGUUAUUAAGAAAGACAUAGUUUUCAAUCAUUUCAUCACUCCAAUUGAUUUAAACAUUGUUUAAUUGUAAUCACAGUUAUAAGUAUGUUUUAAUGUACCUUCAUGUAGAGACUUCGGAAGCAAUGCCCUUUUCGUUUAGUUGUCAAAAUAUGACAUGUCACUCAUUGUAUAUAUUAUAACUGCGAAAUCGAAUAUUUGUCAUGAUUUUUCCAUGACAUAUGUAAAUAAGACUUCAUCUUAUCAUUAUGGGCUGCUGAAAAUCGAAGCCAAAAAAGCGACAGAUGUACUCUUUUUUUAGUCGUACUAAUUUUGGAUUCGUUAUGGGGGAGCGCACAUUUUUUUUUGCAUUUAAGCUCUUGUUUAGGAGAGGUUAAUUAAGAGCCUCUUUCAUGGUAAACGAGAGAUCAUCAGAUUAGAAAGCAUAUUCCAUUCCCGAUAAUAUCAUAUGUUUGUCCGAAACUUAAAUGUAAUUUAUGUCCCUUCUCUUCGUUUCUCUUUAAGUGUUUUAAUAUGAUAGACCUUGAAUACAUCUCUGUGUUAUGUAUGUCCAUGUACUUUAGCUAGAUGCAAAAUAUUGUAAAUAUUUUCAAUAAAUCUUGUGACUAUUUUUU